UUCAAAUUGGAGGCCCUUAAACAAACUUUUCGAUGACAGCGCCAUCGCGUCGGACCUGUCGCAAUGUUUCUUUUCCUUUUCCCCGUAUGCCUUGUUGCCUCUUCUUCUUCUUCAUCGUCUGUACCGUAGUUUGCAGCAGCAGCAGCAAAUCAGCUGAUGAAGACGACGUCGACGAGGACGAUAUCGAAUCGUCGCGAUAAACAACGACUCGUCCAUCCAGCGCAAUAUGUUUUUUUACACGCAUAGUUUCGUAACGUGACCGGAGAUCAUGAGCGAAAUGAAUCACUUCGUUUUUCGCGUGAAUCUAGUGAAGGCGUGACCUUUAUAUGUAAAUAAUAGAUCUGCCACAUAUUUGAUCGUACGCCUGCUGUGUGUGGUGUGUGCAUUUACGAAUACCCACCACGGAGUGAGAGAGAAUAACCUACAAAAGUAAAUAAGAACAGACAAACAAACAAAAAAAAACAAAAGAGGAGCAAAUAAUGGGAGCUGCUGCUGCUAUGGUUUAGGAACGAUGUUAAUAGCUGCCCUCUCCGUUUGCACCUUGGUUACGUUUGUUAUGGUCCUGAUGCUGUGCUCGUGCUUCAAACGGAAACGCCAGAAAGAUGAUUGGCUUGGGCUUGAUGGCAUGGUAACGCAAAAGAAUCCCGAUGAGAAUGUGAAUCAUCUUCCAUCGGCGGCGGCGGCAGCAGCGACUGUGACGGCCGUCAUCGCCGACGAUGAAUCAAGAAACGCGACCGGCGUCGACGAAACCGACAAGUUUCGAGAACGCGCGAUCGCCAGCAACAACACGAGGAGGAGUCUUCCGGAUAUCCCGCUGGAAGGGGUCAAUCGGGUGGACGGCGGUGCCUGGGAUCCCAACAACGACAACUCCUCCGAACUUUACGCCACAGUCGAACCCUACAAUAAUUUAGCUAAACGUCACACUUUGACCAAUGGAUUGGAGACGCCCCGACCUCAAAACUCGAAUUCCCAGAGCGACGAUCCGUACGCCAGCGUCAAUUACGAUAAGUUUAAGGAGCAUCCCUACGCCAUAGUGAAGGCUCCAAUCAACGGCGCUGGAGCGGACCAAGAGGAAAAUCUCGAGGAGCCGACGGCCAGGACCAAUCUGCUUCCUUCCUCUAACGAUAGGCCGGGCACUUCGCAUUCCGAAUCCAACGCCCCGCCCAGAUCUCGGCGAAGCUCCGCCCACAGUUCGACGGGUCUCGACAUCAACGCAGCUUCCGCGGUAUCAGGAGGCAUCGCCGCUAGUCAGGAACUACCGUACAUGACGCCCCCGAUAACGCAGCAGCAGAUCAACUUCAGCGGCGAUUCCCAGGAUUCUUCCAAGGGGUAUACGAGUAUCAGCGUCAGAGAGCCGCUGGCAAAUAUUAUAGCGCAAACUAAAGAAAUGAACAAAGUGAAGAGAUGCUUGGAUCCGCAUUACUCGACGGUUUCAGAUGAUUCUGAUGAGAUGUACACAACGAUUCCGGAUCCCAACAAUCAGGAGUACACAAGCGGAAGCGAGACUUACGCGCAGAUCCAGCCGUUGGCCUUGACAGUCGCCGCAGAAAUCAACCAUCAAGUGCCUUCCACUUCUUCAGCUGCCAACAGCAAUUCCGUUCCCGAAGCGACGGACGAGAGCAACGAAUCCGCCCCGCAACCGCCCAGCGUGGAUAGUCUAAAAUCGAUGACCAAUUCCCAUUCACGACAAGCGUCCUCGUCGAGUUCGGUGUUGAACUUGGGCUCACCGAAACCGGAGAAGCGACAGGCGAAUUCGCCUCCGAAGAACUUGGACGAUAUGUACGCCAAGGUGCACAAGAAUCGCAACAAGAAACCGUCCACGUCCGAGGAGCCACCCGCUGAAACGGUGGAGGUGGUCAACGAGACGAAGCAGAGGCGCGAGCACAAUUACGAGACGCUGAAGAAGUCGCCGCGCAAGAAUUCCGAUCCUGGUUACGAGAAGGUGAAGAACGGUGAUUGCGAUGCCGGCGAACCGAAUUACGCGAGCAUCAACGGUCCGGACAGCUUGAGGACGGAUCCCGGUUACGAGGAGGUUUGCAGGAACAAUCCCGAUCCGAAUUACGAGCAGGUAAAAGAUCACGGCUAUUCCACGAUCAAAGAGUCCAUGGCCAUGGACGGGUAUUCGGUGGUUAACAAAUCGCCGAAGGAGGACAGCGAGAGCGAUCCAAACUACGAGAGCGUCAGCCAGAACGAUCCCAAUUACGAGAGCGUCAAGUAUUUGGAUGUGGGAUACGAGCCGCUGCAGAACAACAAUAACACGGACGACUCCUCUUCGUCCAAAUCGAAGUCGGGUUAUGAGACCGUGGAAAAUAACGCGCAUGAUCCACCCUACGAGAAGCUGAACGAAGACAACAAGACCGACUCGGAGUCUUCGGGCUACGAGAAGAUCGAGAAGAAGAGCGAUUACGAGACCCUCCAAAGCGACGACGACGAGAUUUUCCAGGUAUAAGUCAGAGUAGAGUAUUUAUAUUUAUAGAUUUAUAUAUAUAAUCGAUGCCGUGCGGUUCUUAGCCUCCCCUCGUCUUCUUUUCCUUUUCCCCAAAAAUAUUUGGUGCUACACAACAAACACACACGCAAGUAACGUUUCUGGUAUAGAGGAGAAGUGACUUUGAUUAUUCGCAUAUACUUACCUUAGGUAGCCUUCAAUGUUAUAUAUUGUUUUCUGUAUUUUAUGUUAAAAAAAAGGAGGAUUUAGUAGCGCCUUUAGUGUUACUUUCGUUUAAUGUGAUAUAUCUCAUAAUUAUUGUUUUCAAUUCAGUAUUUAACUCGUAUUAACUUUACUAUAUUAUUAUUAUUCUCGACGUAAAUAUUCUUUUUUUUUAAUAUUAUUAUUAUAUAUCUGUUAAUCGGUCUCUUUCGAUUUGUUGAGGAAUUCAUAUUGACGGCCUAAAACCGGAAGAAAAAAAAAAGUUUACGUUUCUUAUUGAGUUCGAGGGAACUCGAAUCUUCGUUAUUUUUUUCUCUUCCCUCACAG